CAGUGCUCUUACAGCUCCUGUAUGUGUGAACUCAGACUCUCUGUACUCCGACUCCAAACCAAUUGAGAGAAGAGUUUUUGAAAUAAGAAAUCGAUUUUUCAAUUCAUUUCAGUCCUUAAGAUACCAGUGAUUGAGUGGAUGCUGAGGACAGACAUCUUAACACAUAUGCCAUCCCUGUGUUGAGCGAAGAGUUUGCAGAGAUAGACGACUGACAGACAAUGACUUCUUCGGUGGUCCUACAGCUGAGUCCGAGUGGUGGCCAUCACUCGGAGACCAUCGAUGAUAACCUCAAUAACAACAACUCCAUUGGUUUCCAUCCGAUGGUCAUCAACGGCAAGAAGUGUCGCUUCCAUCUCAACACCACAUCCCAGUCCAUCAUUUGGGAACAGGAGUUGACCAACACUUACAACAACACACGGACUACCAUUCCCAUAUCGCAAGUGAUAUCUGUGAGGACAUGCUUUUGCGCCAAACCUCAGACAAAGAAAUUGUUCUGCGAUUGUGUCCUAAACGACGACCUCAUCGACGACCAGAAUAUCGAUGACCAGAAGGUGACACUCGUUAGGCUGUAUUACGCCAUAGCUGUUGGCAGACACGGAUGGAAAGUGGAGUUCCUGUCGCUCCAGACUGACACUAAUGCUCACGGGGACAGUGCCCUGUUCAAUUAUAUUAGACGCAUUCGUGAUAUUAUAGAUGGCUAUAAAAGACCGAAACGUCUAUUGGUUUUCGUGAACCCAUUCGGUGGUCACCGGAAGGCCCGUAAGAUAUAUGAGAACCGAGUGCUACCGGUGUUGAAGUUGGCGUCCAUUGACGUGGACUGCAUUGUGACCGAACGGGCCAAUCACGCCCGAGACAUCCUACUGGACCCCACUGUGCGGGUCACCUCAUACGACGGAGUGGUGUGCGUGGGAGGGGACGGUAUGUUUGCCGAACUACUAAACGGCGUACUCAUACGUACCCAACGGGACAAUGGGAUCAACUGGUCGUCGAUCGACAGUACCCUAAAACCCCCCAAAAUCCCGUUUGGAGUCAUACCCGCCGGCUCUACGGACGCCGUGGCCUACGCCACCACUGGAGUCAACUGUCCCGUCACCUCUACGGUGGCCAUUGUGUUGGGCCGUCGACUCAAUAUAGACGUCAGUGCUGUCCACCACAGGGGCGAAGACAAACUGAUCCGAUACUCGACUUCAUUCCUGGGUUACGGCUAUUUCGGUGACACUAUUGCCGAUAGUGAGGCCAACAGAUGGAUGGGUCCCAAGAGGUACGACUGGGCGGGCGUUAAGAAGUUUAUUAGUGUAGCUGAGAUAAGGCCUCUUUACUGUGAACAGUGCGCUAAAGCGGCCCUUAAGGUCAGGGAUCAGCUCAAUGAGGACGACGCCCCCGCCUGUAUAUCAAUUAGAGGCAAAUUCCUGGCGAUAAAUGCGGCGACACUGACAUGUAGGUGUCGUAUGACUAAGAAUGGAAUCUCUCCCGGUGCCCAUUUGGGUAACGGGUGCACCGAUCUGAUCCUCGUGUCCCAGUGCUCUCGACUCGAUUAUCUCAAAUACCUGCUCCGCACUGCCCUUUCAUCCAAAAGUCCGUUUGAUCUGAACUUCGUGGACGUCUAUCGUGUCCGUGAGUUUGAGUUCAACCCAAUCGUUGGGCCCAACAAUCGCCACAACACUGCGCCCACCCGUCAGCCCCUGUCUGCGAGUGUGUGGAACUGCGACGGAGAGGUCGUGGACGAGGCGGCCAUACAUGUCAAAGUGCACUGUCAGCUCAUAUCGCUGUUUGCCACCGGCAUCGAGAGUCAGAGAUAAUCAACUGGACGCCGACACAGCUCCAGAUGUCACCACCGGAACCGAUGAACAAACUUUUCAACUCUUAAUUCAGUUUUUUAAUUGCAAUACGUUUUACACUUGUUUUGCAUUUUAUGCCACCCAUUCCUACCCCACCCCCUAUUUGUUGAUAAUUAUAUUAUUUGUUAGUACAGACACUGUUGUUGAGAUGCAGGCGCUACGCAUAGGCACCUGACCUACAAUCGGACAUAUCGUUACCGAGAAAUAAUGAUAUUUUGUAUCAAACUUUUUAAUUAUUUUAUUUGUUUUUUAUAAUUUCAUUAUAAUAUCCAACACUUCAUUUUAAACACACAUAUAUUGCUCAACAGUUUUGGCGUUUAAAACAAAUUACAACACAUUUGUACCGAAAUAUAAAAUAUAUUUAAUUAUAAAAUACAAAAACAAAAGCUCG